AAGUCAGCAGCGCCGCGAGAGAACUUUUUCAAUUCGCCAAAACUGUCAUCACUCGAUAAAAUUUUUAUCAGUCCUAGCAAUCAACGUUCCUUUUUUUUUUAAACUUAAUUUAACCCAGCGCUGCCAUCAUUUCGGUUGUGAUUGUUGUUAGUUUUGUUGUUGUUAUGUUUUAAAAAAGUGACUUUCGGAAAUGACGGUCAACGAUUUUAAAGAAACCACUUGUGCCACCGCCAACCAAGACGACAUCAGCGUGGUGGUGGUUGAGGCCGUCAUCCAACCCCUUCACACCGACAGCGAAAACCUCCUCGGCCGCGUCUUGGCAGAAUUCGACGGCACGACGGUGCUGUGCCGCGUGUGCGGCGACAAGGCCUCCGGCUUCCACUACGGAGUCCACUCCUGCGAAGGAUGCAAGGGCUUCUUCAGGCGCAGCAUCCAGCAGAAGAUCCAGUACAGGCCCUGCACAAAGAACCAGCAGUGCUCCAUCCUCCGCAUCAACAGGAACCGCUGCCAGUAUUGCAGGCUGAAAAAGUGCAUCGCCGUCGGGAUGAGCCGUGACGCUGUGAGAUUCGGACGCGUUCCUAAACGAGAAAAGGCGCGCAUUUUAGCGGCCAUGCAACAGAGCUCCAACUCCAGGAGCCUGGAAAAGGCCGUCAGCGCGGAACUCGAAGAUGAUCAACGGAUCCUGGCGACCGUCGUCAGAGCGCACAUCGACACGUGCGACUUCACCAGGGACAAAGUCGAGCCCAUGCUGGCCCGCGCCAGAGAGCAGCCCUCCUACACGGCGUGCCCGCCCACCUUGGCGUGUCCGCUCAACCCGAACCCGCAGCCCUUGACCGGGCAGCAGGAGCUCCUCCAGGACUUCUCGAAGAGGUUCUCGCCGGCCAUCCGCGGCGUCGUCGAAUUCGCCAAGCGCAUCCCGGGCUUCUCCCACCUGGCACAGGACGACCAAGUCACCCUGUUGAAGGCCGGAGUCUUCGAAGUGUUGCUGGUGCGGCUAGCGUGCAUGUUCGACACACAAACUUCCAGUAUGAUUUGUUUGAACGGACAAGUGUUAAAACGUGACUCUAUACAUAAUAGUUCGAAUGCACGGUUUCUGAUGGACUCGAUGUUCGAUUUCGCCGAGAGAAUGAACGCGUUGCGUCUGUCAGACGCGGAAAUAGGACUUUUCUGUUCGGUCGUGGUGAUCGCUCCCGACAGGCCGGGUUUAAGGAACACUGAACUUAUUGAAAAAAUGCAAAACAAAUUGAAGGGCGCGCUACACAAGAUGGUGAGUCAGAACCAUCACGGGCAGACGCACAUUUUAGAUGAACUGAUGAAAAAAGUGCCAGAUCUCCGUACGCUGAACACGCUACAUUCUGAGAAGCUUUUGGCGUUCAAAAUGACGGAGCAGCAGCAGAUGAUGCAGCAACAACAGCAAUGGAGCGCACCGACAGAAGACGAAGGCAACAGCAAGAGCCCGCCGGGCUCGUCGUGGUCGUCAUCGUCGGACGUCACAAUGGACGAGGCAAAAAGUCCGCUGGGUUCGGUCUCUAGCACAGAGUCCAUGUGCUCGUCUGAGAUCACGUCGCUGAACGACUACCACCAGAUGGGAGGCCACCACGUCAGCUCCAACGUCACCAACGCGCCGCUCCUCGCGGCAACUUUGGCCGGGGGCGUCUGCCCCCACAGGCACCGAGCCAACUCCGGCUCAACGUCAUCCGGCGACGACGAGCUCCCGGCGACGUCCCACCUCAUCCACAACGGUCUCACGAUAACGCCUGUGUCGCGGCCUCCCAGGUUCCGCAAGCUCGACUCCCCCAGCGACUCGGGGAUCGAGUCCGGAACCGAAAAGGUCGACAAACACAGCGCCCCCACGUCGCUGUGCUCCAGCCCGCGCUCCUCCAUGGAGGACCACCACAUCGUCGAAGAGAUGCCGGUGCUCAAGCGCGUCCUGCAGGCGCCGCCGCUCUACGACACCAACCUCCUCAUGGACGAGGCCUACAAGCCGCACAAGAAGUUCCGCGCGCUGCGCAACAAGGACUCCGCCGAGGCCGAACCCGUGGUGGUGAUGUCGCCGCAGCCGCCGCCGCCGCCGUCGUCGCUGUCCAGCACGCACUCGACGUUGGCCAAGUCGCUGAUGGAAGGCCCGCGCAUGACUGCCGAGCAGAUGAAGCGGACCGACAUCAUCCACAAUUACAUAAUGCGGGACGAGCACCCGGUGGCGGCGGCGUCGCCAAUGGUGACGGCGCCGACGUCGUGUCCGUACAAGGCGAACAACGGGUCGUUGCUGCAGCCGGCCUGGGCGACGAGCGUUAUCACCACGACGGUGCGCCACCAGCAGCAGAACAGCGAGUACAACAGGAUGUACCUGCAGUCGCCGCACUCGACGUCACCGGCGCCGCGGACCUGCUCGCCGCUCAAGAUCGUGGAGCUGCAGGUGGACAUCGCGGAUUCGCAGCAGCCCCUCAACCUGUCCAAGAAGUCGCCGUCCCCGUCGCCGAGGCCGAUGAAGGUCGUCACGCUGGAGGUCUAAGGACCGCCGGCGGCGGCCAACGAGUUUAGUACAAAGUGGAGUGCGUGCCGGCCCGGGCGAGGACUGUAAGCCGCCCGGUGGACUGUUGGAGGUGCCACUUGAUCGAUGUAUUACAAACCAAAUAAUUUAUAAUCGCUGCACUAAGCUAUACUAUCUAUAUCUCUGUCUCUGUAUAACCGAUGUGUUGAUGUGUGAACAGUUUUAUGUUGUAGUAGUUUAGGACGGAGCCCUUAGGCCGACGAUUCUCAUGUAUAAAGUACUACUUCCUGCGCCAUUGCCGAAGCGGCGGGCAUUUUGUACAUAGUGGACCAACUCGGGCGCGCCGUUUCGGCACCCUUCUAUCAUAAGUAGAUAAGGUUUCAGAUUUAAACAAUCACUAAUUUAAUGGCUACAUUGUAAAUGAAUAUUUAUGAUUACGAGAUAGUUGAAAACUGGCAUCAGCACCAAUCCUACGAUAGAUUUAUAAAAUAGUUAACGAUAUCAUAAAAUGAACCCUAGUAAUAUCUAUUAUAUGUAUAUGUGAUAAUUUUCUUGGUAGAAUAACUGUGCAUAAGUUUCGUGUUAUGUAUCUCAAUUUGUAAAGAGACUCGUUAUUUUGUAAUCGUUUCACGAUCAUCAUCUUCACCACCAUCAUGCGUGUUGUAGUAUCACCGCCAUUCGCAUCAUAGUCGACGGAGUCGAGGAGGUCGAGACUGAAGAAGGUGACGACGUGUCCUUUCGUACUAAUCACACACAAAACUAUUCACAAAAAAACGUCGUACCUUUUGCGCAAAGUCUCCAAAGGCUCGUUCGCUCUCAUUUUGGACAAGUUAGUUCUGCCCUCAACCGCGACCUCUCAAUGUACGUUCAUCAAAUGAUUGUCUGUAAUUUUGUAAAAUGGUAGCUUGUUGAGGACGUCAGAAUAAACCACGUCUUGGUGAUAUUA